AUGGUUGAGAUGUUUUUUCAACCACUGGAGUUCAACGUGAGCCUGUUUUCAGAUGUCCUGUUAGAUGGACGGGAACUGGGUCUCAAGGAGAUCUACACAGAGCUGGCCAUCUUUCUUCUGUUGGUAUACAUCAUGUUCGUCAUCGGCAACAACAUGAUCGUCACUCUGGUGAUCAUCACUCCAAACUUCAGUCGCUUCUUGCAGAUGCAUACCUAUUUGACAUUCCAAACUACAGAGGGAUUUAUCCUAUGUGCUGUGACCUACGACUGCUAUGUUGCUAUCUGCAAUCGUUUACGCCACAACAGCAUCAUGACAAUCAAGGUGCAUGUUCCUGGCCUCAACAACAUGGGCUUCCAGCAUUGACUGUCAUUCUUGCAUCAAAACUACCUUUCAGUAGUCAUCAGAUAAUGUAUUGGUUUUGUGAUUAUCCUCCGACUGUUACAUUGUCAAGUUGGAAACAAUAUUUUUGAUAGAUUAGG